AUGUUCACAGCAAUCCGUAAAAAAUGGCACGAGCGCCGCCGCCAGCCAGACCAGUCAACCCGAGACCUGGAGUGGUCCCUGGCACGAGGCCACCAUGAGAUCAUGUCUCAAUACAACAGACACCACCAAGAACUAGGUCGACUGUACGAAGAAGGCGACUCGAUAGCUCGCGAGCAGAUGAAGGACAUCAUCAUCACCCUUCAAGGUGCACUGCUGAGACAUCUUCGAGAAGCACAGGAACAAGGCUCCAGCCUAGAUCUGAUGGCGCUGCAGGUCGAGUCUGAGCAGGGUCGUGUGCGGACACUGGUCAUUCUGGGGGAUUUGUAUCAGCGACUGUCGCGGGCAUCGCCCAUCCCGCCUACUGUCUCCAUGACUGUUGAUCCUAUGUAUGGACGAAGUUAUAUGUACAAUGGGGCGUAUUUUCCUCAUAAUGUGGAUCGGUUCUCGCCAUCUACGAACAGGGACAUGGUGCAGCUUUCUGGGGCGUAUCCAGUUUCGCCGGGGCCGUUCCUGUUCGAGGGGUUGUCUGUUUCGCCUACAGAUGCGCAGGGCACGCCUGGGCUGUUCGAUACGAGUCCAUCACCGAGAAGACGGUCGUCAGGGUUUGGGUCGGCAAUGGGAAGUAUUUUCUCUCGAUCCCCGCGCAUGAGUAGGUCGUCUUUCCCAUCUUCAGCACCAGAGCCUGGGUUCCAUAACCACCCAGGCUUCAGCCACACUGUCUCGCCAUCCACACCGGAGCCGGAGCCAGAGCCAGAGCCAUCACUUGAUCCAGCACGAGAGCCAAUUUUGGAGAUCCAAGAGCGGUUGCCACCAAGACCCAAUCUCCGCCUGAGUCCCGUCGAAGACGACAAUCUCUGGGGAAGCCAGUGGAAGGACUUGGAUGAUGAGAUCAAUCAUACAUAUCAGCUGAAAGAAGAAUCACCAACCCACCACCUCUCCCCAACAACAGCAAACAUCAUAUCAAUGCACCAAAACCAACACCAAGACCACCGUCACUCCCUCCCACCUCCAUCAAUAGCCUCCACAGACUCUACCCCCUCAAACCCAAGUACAAGCUCAACAUCCUCGCACAUAACACUCGCCCAACACCCAAUCCAACCCCCCAGCCCCAGAUGGUCCCCAAGCAAGACAAACAACUACCUAGGCUUCUGCAAAGGCGCCUGGAAAGUGCACACCGGCUUCCGCGGCUUCAAAAUCCACACGGAACCUGGAAGCGGGUACUACCGACAAGUAUCCUGGCUGCGCUGCAUCAACUGUGCCUUUGAGGGGCCCAUGGCUGCAAAAUGCAAAAGCGACAACCCCCAAUUCGACAAUACGGUGCGCGUUCAUGCCACCACGGGGAUCCGGUACCGCUGGGAAUUCCUAGCGAAAUCACAUGUUCCUUGCAAGCGCGAUUCGGCGGUGGUGUUUUCGGCCGUUGCGCCGCGUGGUGCGUUUUGUUGUAUGUUUUGUUGUGUGGAGGUGAGAGGAUCUACCGGUGUCUAUGGGAAUUUGGAUACCUUUAUGGCGCAUCUUGGGGAGGCGCAUCGCUCUGUCAGUGACGGGGCGUUGGCGCUUCUGCCGACGAGUACUCGGUGCAUUUUGGGGAGGACUGCGGGUGAUCGGGAGUACUUUGAUGUGAAUAUUUGCUAG